CCAAGCCCAAAACAUACUUCAAAAAUCUGGGGUGCCAAACCUUCCCCCUCUCCCCCUGAAGAAGUAAUUUUGCCCAUCAUUACCCCUCUUUACCCACACGUACCCCCAAUAUAAACACGAUGUUGACAAGUGUGAAAUUGAUAUGAAACACAGGGCCAAAAUAUCAUGAACGGACUACACUUGAGUUCUCUUUUCCUGUCGAUGUGUGCCGUUUAAAAUCAACCUCAACUACAGCCAAGAUGACUUCUAUAUUCUCCCGUGUCAAAUCAAGUAAGUUAGCAUUAAAACUACAUAUUUUACAAUAUGAAUUUGCCGGCUUAUUUGUCAAGCAAGCAAAUGAACAUGUUAUUGUCACCUCAAGCUUACGGUGUUGACUACAUAAGCUUGUUUGAAAUCUUUCUCCUUUCAAGUGUUUAAGUUGGGGAAGGGUUAAUAAACAGCUAUCUUUUAACAGGCAUAAAUCAUACAGAAGUAUAAACGCGCGAAAUUUGCCUCUAAUAAUGUGUAAAUGGCAUAGUUUCUAGCAAUUACGAUUAUAUAUUAAAACUUGGGUCAAUACUUUGCGGUGGCCGCCGUAGCCGAGAAAGAUAUUGAAUUCUGUUUAUAAUUUUACCGGAAAGUGAUACAGCGACACACAAGCCAUGCUGUUUCAAUGUGCUUUAAAUAUUUCACUUUUUAUAUAAAAGUUAAAUAAUCUGUACGCUUUCUGUGUUUGUGUUUUUAACUUUGUCUAAAGUGUUGCAAAGAAUUCUAAUUAUUAACGGCCCUUAUUCCACAAAGUUUGUCUGCUUUAAAGUGCAAUACUUUUCUACUACAACAGCAACAAAAUGCAGUCUUUCUUUGUUUUUUUUUUAGCAUGAGAACGUAGGAACAUAAAAAUUUAAAUUUUAAACAAGGCAAAGGACUUCCUGCUAAGCAUUAGUGAGUGAAACUGAAAAUUAAUUUGUCCAUACAUACCAAACAGUAACAAAUUUGAUUUGAAAAUAACACUGUUUUGUAAAUGAAGACUAAAGUUUGCUUAUAAAGACAUAAACAUUAGCCCACAGCUGUGUGCUUAAAAGUUUGUCACAUCAAAAAUGCUUUUUAGUAAAACAGCUUUUGCAAACAUUUGGUUUACUUUGUAUAACAAUAUGUGCUAUUGUUAGUUUAGCUGUCAUAAAGCUUGAAACCCUGUUGGUUAUGAGUUAGAUUAAACCAUUUUAAUUGCAAGUCCUGUUGGAGUUGUGACUUAAUUAAGCCCAAAGCUAGACGCUUACCCACAACAAAGAUAUCAAAAUUAUGUCAGGUAUUAUUGCUUCGUAAAAUACACUUAUUAUCACUAGCUAUUUUAAUUUUUCAAGGUUUAUUUAACUGUGUAUCUAUGUGUUAUAAAUGUUUAUGGUCAAUAUAGUCAUAUACAUGGUGGUAUAUUUGUUUAAAGUAUGUAGAAAAGAUUUUGAUAUUAUACCUUCUUUUAGUUGUCAAUUAUUUUAGCGACAUGUUUAAAACAAAACCUUUUACGGCAAUGUUUCGUGUAUGCCAUAACAAAGGUAGUGGCACAAGAGUAUUUUGAAGAACUGUUGCACAAAUGUGAGGGUUAAUAAUUAAUUUUUUGAGUGUGGGCUAAAGCCAUACUCUAAAAUAAUUGGAUUAAACAUGAACCUGCUGCCAGUAUAUGUAGAAACUUAGUUUGUUGUAUUUAAUUGAUGUGUGUCAUAUCAUAGCAAAGUAUCUGGAUAUUUAACUAUUUUUAUUUCUGUCUUAAAAUUAUUUGUUUCGAACAACAAAUGUGUGUUGAAUUGAUUGUUGUUUGUAAAUUGUAAUUUCUAUGCUAUGUGGUAUAUGUUAGGUAUUUUAAACAUCUGAGUUGGCAUAUUUAUCAUAUUUCGGCUAUCAUUGUACAGUGUCCUGGGCCUCCUCAAAUGGACAGCUGUUACAAGUGUAUUGCUAUCAAUCUUUAAGAGGUGUCCUUCUGACAGGAAACAGAUGUUAGCUAUCCGUGUUGGGCAUUUGCAAAAUAGGGUAAAUGGUUCUCAAACAGCAAACCUUUUAAAGAAUUUGCUAGUUUUUCUUCAGAAAUAGUUUUCAUUGUUAUGAAAUACCAUAAUCCCAUUAGCCGAAUUGCUUGUAAAUCAGCCAAAUACAUUAUUAGUUGUCUUGUGGAUGUAUAUUUCCUAAAAUGUGUAUUGAAGAUACAUUUCAGUCUUAGAGUCUCUCUAACUUAGAGAUACAUCCUUAGGUAGAUGUCUGUUUUAGAGAAGUGCCUGAUAUCUGUGUUAGACAGAUGUCUGUGUUAGAGAGAUGUCCAUCUUAGAGAGAUAUCUGUCUUAGAGAGGUGUCUGUGUUAGAGAGAUGACUUUCUUAGAGAGUUGUCUGUCUUAGAGACAUGUCCAUCUUAGAGAGAUGUUUGUCUUAGAGAGAUAUCUGUGUUAGAAAGAUGUCUGUGUCAGAGAGAUAUCUGUCUUAGAGAGAUCAGAGAUGUCUGUCUCAGAGACAUGUCCAUCUUAGAGAUAUGUCCAUCUUAGAGAGAUGUCCAUCUUAGAGAGAUGUCAGUCGUAGAGAGAUGUCUGUCUUAGAGAGAUGAUCUGUCUUAGAGAGAUGUCUGUCUUAGAGAUAUGUCCAUCUUAGAGAGAUGUCUGUCUUAGAGAGAUGUCUGUCUUACUCUUAGAGAUGCUUGUGUUAGAGAGAUACCUGUCUUAAAGUUGGGUGUCCAUCAUAGAAGAGUGUCCAUCUCAAAGAGGUGUCUCUAAGGAACGCUUCUUGAAUAUUUGUUCGGUAUGAUUUUGCUCUUUUAGUCCGUAUCAAAACUUACAAUGACUGAAGUUAUAUAUUCAUCUCUUGGGUAAACUGGGGGUGAGCAGUGGGGAGAUUUAUCUCUACUCGCAUGAGUUUUGUAUGAACAUUAGAUCGCUUUAGGUUGGCCACAACCCCACGUGUGACUUAAGCAGCUAGUGCUGCUGGCGAGAACCAAACUCAUAGUUCACAGUUAUGUACGGUGGAUUUCCUGUAGGCUUACGUUGUAUCCUGUUACGUUGUAUCCUGUUAUUACUGUAUUCAACUGUGCUAUUCUCCCAUAUACAGACACUAAAACUCUGUGCUAUGACGUAUAUGUGAUUUGCUUUAUUUAUUUUCUUGGCACACGAUGUCAGUGUUCAUAAUCUUAACAAAAUCUCAAUGUAAAUCUCAAUUAAAGACCAAUACAAGCUCAGCAAGCAAUAUAUUGGAGUAUAUUGAGUAUAGGGUUCUUCUUUUGUCUCAUUAUUCAAGGGCUGUCUUUGUUUUGAGUCAGACAGCAGAACCCCUUUGUUGUUUAAGAUAUCCUAAUAAGGCUACAUCGUAUAAAAGUCUUUGUAUAUAGUGCAGAGAGCUCUUGCUGGCUUGUCAAAACCCCUUGUAUUUUUUCAUUUCGUAACACUCAUCCUAUUGUCGAGUCGAUUUUGUAACAUUCAAAUAAUACUGUAGAAAUCACCCAUAGGUACUGUUUCAAUGGAUAAUACUGACCCAGAAUGGCGUGUUUGAGAAUAACAUGUACUUAUUCACAUGUGAACUGAACAGGUUCUUGCAAGUUGCAACAGACUUUUUACAAGGUUGAUUUAUGGUUGCGAUAGCUAAAAGUUGCAACAAUGUUGAUGGUGAUGUCACGUGACUUGUUACAACAUAACAGUUACCAGUUACUCUAAUCACCAUGUUAACUGGCAAAAAGCAGUUAUCCUAGGGCUAAUAAUCCCUAAUAGAGCCCUGCUCGAACGCCUCGAGUGUAUAGCGAUCCCCUCUGACAUAGUCUUAAAACUUCUACCUACGAUUCGACUUACUAUAUUUCCAUUAAAUAACUCAUGGUGAUCAUUGGGAGCACGUGGUAACCAGAUACCAUCUGUGCAGCAAAUGACAAGAACCUAAGCAUCAUUUACACACGCAAAACUCACAUCUUGUAGCAAGUCUGCGAACAAGCCGUCAACAAGUUGUCUUCGCACUGCUUGUCCCAAGUUGUCAACAAUUUUGGAACAAACUGUUAACAACUUGUAACGAGCUUUGAUGUUUAUCAAACUUGUGGCAACGUUGUUCUAACAAGUUCGAUACAGUCAUGAUAUAACAAUAUUGUUACAACCUUGUGUCGUCAACCUUGUAACAUUCUUGUUAUAUCAUGAUUGUAUCAGACUUGUUAGAACAACCUUGUAACAAGUCUGAUAAUGCCAUCAAGCUUGUUACAAGUUGUUAACAGAUUGUUCCAAACUUGUUACAACAACUGGGAACAAGCAGUGCGAACACGACUUGUCGACAGCUUGUAAACAGAUUUGUAGCAACUUGUUUGCAGACCUGUCACAACUUGUGCGUUUUUAUGUGUGUAGCUUACUUUGUUUUGCUGUGUUUAUUGUCAGAGAUUGUAAAAAACGACAAGAACCACAACAAGGAUGGUGCUGUUAGCAGGUAUGUACGAUUGUAAACAUGCAUGGCAUAUUGAGCUUAUCAGUCAAAACAUAAAUAAAAUUAGAAUAGAUUUUUAACACAAUUUUUUUUUGUUUUAGUGCAAGUUCCAAUCAUGAGCCAAAGGACACUAACAGCGGUAGGUGUAAUGUAUAUGGACUCAUGUGAAAAGAGUAAAAGUCAACGCUCUGCCGAAAGUCGUGGGUUUUCUCCGGGCGCUCCGGUUUCCUCCCACAGGGAAAGUUGACAGGGUGGAUUAAAAUAGGAAAGUAAUAUCACAAGGCCCUUCAUUGGGAAGUGAGUUUCGUCGCUAGGUACACUGCCAUUAACUUGCAUUGCGCCCUACUUUAUAUGGGCUGUGAAAUGUUCACCCUAACCAUAAAUUCCUAUACAUACGUGGUUUGAGUUUGACUAAGUUGUUUAUAAAUUAUUUUCCAGGAAUUUUGAUUGUCAAGCUCGUGAAGACGAAACAUGAUAAAGGUCUUGGACUCACAAUUUCAGGUUGGUCAAUGGAAAAGUUUUUAGGCUUGGAAAAGCAGCAUUUAUUAAAUUAAUAUUUAAUUUUGUUUGUAGGUGGAAUUGAUCGUGGGAGUAACCAUCCAGUUGUUUCUCACCUGCGACUGGGCGGAAUUGCUGAUAAGUACGUAGAAAUAUCUAAUGAUCUCUUCAGUUGCAUGUUAGAUCAGUAUUUCCUGUUUGACUGUAUGGGUUACUACGUGAGUUUCCUCUGGACAAAUAAGGGUUGUCCUUCUAUAGUGGGUACUCUGGUUUUCUCCUGUCAGUGUACCUCGAAGGGAUGACUGUAUAACAUAACAAUGUUAUUGAAAAUCUGCUAGAUUUUAUAGCAGAUCACAUGACCACAGCCUACCAGAUCCUAGGGGAAAGACCCUGGGUACGAGAUUGUUACAAGGUUGUUCAGUUCUAAUCCAUAUUUUCUUACAGGAGUGAGUCGUUGGUUAUUGGUGAUACGAUCUUGGCUGUGAAUAACAAGAAAACUGAGAAUCUGACUCAUCAAGAAGUGGUCGACCUACUACGGAAUGCUGGUCAACAUGUUCAUUUGAAAAUCCAGUACAAACUACCCACCCCAGGUAAGCAAUCCCGCCCUGCCUUACUCCAUCAUGUCUGGCUGCUUGGGACACUUCUCGAACUUAUUGAUAAUGAGAAAAAAAGGAAAACAGCACCGUACCGUUGUAUUGAUAGCAUGGCAAUGUUAAAAAGUUAGUCAACGUUUUGUUUUGUUUCAGAUACUAGCAUUAACAGUUCGUGUAAAACAGCCAUUAUACAGUUAAAGAAAGAAGCAGAUGGCUUUGGGAUUGUCGCCAGAGGUAGGAUAUACAGUAAACUCUUGGUUGAGUUUUUGUGUAAACUUAAGUUGCCAAACAACCAAAUGAACUGUAAUAAUUUUCGUGUGAAAAUUGUACUUUGGAAUUGUUCUUCAUUACAGAAUCUCCCCAGACGUCAGUUCAUGGGUAUCGACCGCUGAUCGUUGCAAGUGUGAGACCCGGAAGUGCGGCUCAAAGGUUGGACUCCUCACACUUCUGUCUGACGUCUGAUGAUUUUAUCACCUAGAUAAUGAGCUCAUCUUUACGUCAAUUCUCUUUCUUAUUUUGCAGUCGUGGUGUGAUUCAUGUGGGUGAUCGAUUGCUUGCAAUCAACGGUCAAGCGUUGUUGGGUCUGUCACGUGAAGACGCCGUGCUAUUGUUAAAACAUGCACAUGAUCAAGUCUCGUUACAGAUAGAGUAUGAUGUGUGCCACAAAGGUGAGCUGAGACCCAGUUAAGCCAUUCGUAUUGGUUCAAUGCUGCUAGGAGGUCCAGUAAGGGUCAUCUCUUAUUGAUCCAGUGUUUACUAUUUUACAGGAGGAAACCUAAACUAAACUAACUUUAUUUAUACUGAAUAGCUCUAUCAGUGUUCUUCCUUGAGGUGCAGUAAAGUUUUCUCUUGUUGGUCCAGUGUUACUACAAGAGGAAACCUAAACUAAUAACUUUAUUUAUACUGGAUAGCUCUAUCAUUGUUCUUCCUUGAGGUUCAGUAAAGUCAUGUCUUCUUGGUCCAGAACGUGUAAAGCCGGUUUUCCACUUCAACCGUACCGAAAAGUACCAAAAACGUUUUUAAUGAUUUCAAAAUUUCGUGAAUGUUGCUUGGUUAGUACUUCCGUAGUACGCCAAAAAGUUGACUUGCGACGAACUUUCUAUUUUGAUACGCGAAUACACCCGGACGUACGUGUAUUUAUAAACCUCUUUUCAGUCUGCGCAUGCUCACCAGUACGUUUCGCUACGAUACGGGCGAAGUGGAAAACCGGCUUUACUACAAGAGGAAACCGGAAUACGUAGAGAAAAUAUGUUUUGUUUGGUAGAGCUGAGUCGACCGACCUGCAAGUACUCUUCUCAAAUGUGAUGGUGAAGAAAAUAUAUUCAGAAAACUGCAUAACGCAGGAAAUCAAACUCGGUCGCAGAGAUGAAAAGUACAUGCACUAACUACUCUUCGUCUAUUGUAGAUCCUUUAAGCUCACGAAAUGGAACCUGGAUUGUUGAAAUUGAGAAACCUGCUCCGACUGUCAGUCUGGGGUUGAUUCUAGGUAUGAUUUAUGAGUAAACGAGAAAUAAUACCAGGGCAGGGGGGUGAGAAAAGAAGAAUCAGUGACUAAAAUUUAUUCUAUGAUUGUGUGUUUGUAUAGUAGAAGACAGAUCAGGCGUAAUUGUUAUUUCCGACAUCAACGAAGGCGGUGUUGCGGACAGGUACGUCUGAAGCAUUGACCUCCAUAUAUAUAGUGCUCACUGAUGCUAUUUAUAUUUGCAUUUCUCCAAACGUGCUAGUGUCGGACCAAGCCCAGGACGGUAGAUUUCUGACCAAAAACUCCCCCCUUUCAUUCUUUAUUCAAUGUUUUUCGGUGCUCAGAAUGUAUCUGCUGAGUAAAACAACUUCGUUCUCUGAAGAAAGAGAUCGCUAACCAACCUCGUACUGUACUUCUGUAAUUGUGACUCUCAAGCUCACAAGUCCUCGGUACGAGGUUGGAUCGCUACUCAUCACUGUCUUGUGUGUCUUCAGAUUGGGAGUGUUCCACAAAGAAGAUCAGAUCAUCAGUGUCAACGGAACAUUCGUAAAGGAACUGUCGUUGGCUGGAGUUGUUGAACUGCUUGCAAAGAGCGGAAGUCGUGUCAAGAUUGAGUUUCUUACAGUUCAUACUUUAAAAGAAGAUGCUGAUGAUACUGCCUUGUCAGACAGGUAUGAAUACAAGCUCUACAUGUUUUCGACAGCUAAACUGCUAAUUCAUGCUUCAACGGAUCAGUUGAUCUCAAAAUGAAGUUAGGUUAAUCAGCUAACAGUUGAUCAGCUAACAGUUGAUCUUGAAAUGAAGUUAGGUGUCUAACGUCAAUAUUAACCUUCCUACUGUCAGACACAUUUAGACACGAGUAUAUUUUUCUUUGUUCUUUACCCAAAUUGCAUCCCUAACCCUAACAGCUUUGUGACCGUGACAUAACGAUAUAAAGGACAGUUUACUAGAUGAUUUAUAUUUUACCUAGAUAUGGUAAAGUAGAUUCCUGGGUAUGCUCACCUGGCGAGUUCUCAGAUGAUCAAAUGUCGGAAAUGACCGCACACGAAGAAGUCCCGAGUAAAGACCGAAAGUUGCACGACAGUGAUGCGAGAGAACGUCUUCUUCGGGCUCUUCCCCAGGCACCAAGUAGUAACCUCGCGGGAUACGAUAACACUGCUCGAGCACUCAUGAACGACACGAGCCCAUACGAAGAAAUUUCGGAAGUGAUCGGGAAUUCUCGUGCAAAUGUGGAGUUACAUAGUGAACCCGGAUCCGAUCAUCGGUCUAGAGGAAGAACCACUGAAGGUAUUGAAUCAUAGAUUCAGUUCCUGCAUUAAGGAAUGACCCUUACUGUUCAUCUCAACAUGAAUAAUGUUAGUUUAGGUUUCCUCCUGUAAUAACACAAGAUCAAGAACUGACAAGAAGGGAUAAUUCUUACUGGACCUCUAGGGAGAACAGUUUAGAACUGAUAGAGCUGCCCAGCAUGAAUAAUGUUAUGGCUCUUACUUGACUUCUAGGGAGAACAGUUCAGAACUGAUAGAGCAUUAGAGUUGUAUAGAAUAAAUAUUAGCUCAGCUUUUUGUCUUCAGGUUUAUAUUCCAAAAUUCGAAGACCGCGCUCUAAUAGCUUGGGUACGAGUACAGCUGGAAGGAAUUCUCCGUGGUAUGGGUACAGGGGCGUGGGGAGCAGAGGCUCAUCCUUCUCUAACGUCAACUCUGCGUCAUCUAUGCGACGGAGACACGUGUCGAACAGAAGUAACGGCUUUUGGUCUUCAGGGAGUCUAAAAUGUGCUGCAAAUGCUCAGCUAUGUAGACAGGAGUACGUGGAAGUGAAUUUGACGGCAGAUAGUCAGGGAUUUGGGAUGAUCAUCGCUGAGAGUUUUAUUGGAAGGCAAAGUAUCUUGGUGAUUGCGGAAAUUGAGAAUGGCGGACCUGCGGAAAGGUGAGAGCGGCAAAGGGACAUUACUGGACAUGCCGAUUCGUGGUAGUGUUUUACGGUGUUUUCUAGUGGUUUCUAGGGACAGGCUCAUUCUGUGGUAGUGUUUUAAUACAUCCUGCUAGGGACCAGGAAUCUAACUCGAAGUUUCUCUUGUUUGGUUUGUCCUGACCUAUAGAUGCAAACCAUUUCAAUGUUUAUUUACACUUUUGCAAGAUGGAUCCCUUUCACUUAAAUUAUUCAAUUCGAGUAUGAAACAUCAUAUGCAUUCUGAUUAGCAUGAUAAAUGAAACCGAAACAUUUCAUUUUUUAAAAGUGUAAAUAAACAUUGAAAUAAAUGGGUGUUGGGGGAUGCCCAAUUAGCCUUUCUCACGAUGACGAAUGUUCCCGCCAUUUUUGGGUGGUAUCUAAUCCUCGUUCUAACCAUUUACAAAGGCAAAGCAACUUUACCAUGAUUCUCCAAAAAACAUAUAAAAAGUCGCUGUUAUGUGGACUUAUCUCGCACAGACUUCGGCUGAAAUGUCACCCAAAAAUGGCGGCGUGAGAAAGGUUAAUUUAACACGGCGGAUAUGAAAUUCUACCCAGUUGGACACCAAAAGUUGUAUGCCAAUUUUUCAAUGGCAAUUCUACACAUUUCUUCCCUAGAUCUGGUGUACUACAAGUGAAUGACGAGGUUCUUGGCAUAAACGAUACCGAUGUGGGAAUAAUGUCAGCUGAACAUUGCAAUGGAAUUUUACAAAGUUUUGGAACGCAUGCAAAUAUCUUGAUCGGAUUCACAGUUGCUGGUAAGUCUCUCGAUGAAUGUUGACAUUGAAUAAUAAUCAGGCCUUGUCAUUAUGACAAUAUAAAGACAAAUUAUAAAAAUAUAAUGAUUCUAGAAAGAGAGUAAAAACACUGAUAACUUGUUUUCUGUUUUAGAAUCUAUAGUGGCCACAUCAGGAACUUUCAGUGUUAAACUACCCAAGCAUUAUUUUGGAUUAGGAAUCACUUUCACAGGUAAAAUAUUUGUUCGAAAGGCAUAUUUCUGAAAUAUCGGAAUACCCGGGUUUCGCUUCAGGCUGUCUGGAGGGCAAAGCAAAGGUUGAGCAAUUAAAUAUUGCGGCUAGUUUCCGGUAUGGUAAUCCUAUCCAAAUAUUUGAUUUUUCUGUUGUUUGGAAUCUACAUAAAUUUUAUGGCCGAGUGGCGCCUGGCGGGAUUCGAGCGCGUGAAUUUUUUUUUUUUUUUAUAUACAGUGAAGGUUUUAAAUUUGACUAGAAAAGUUCCUUUAAAGUACCUUGUUUAUAGUAGUGCGAGGGUUUUCUGCAAAUACUUCGAAAAGGUGUUCACUUUUAGUCUUUUACACGUUUAAUUAACCAGUCAUAGCGAAGAAACAACACAUUCCCGCUUCAGAAUAUUUUUGCUAUCUUGAAUUUCACGGUGUGAUUAAUAAGAAAGCCGGAAUUCGUUAAUGAAACUUGAAUCACAAUUCAGAGUUCUGUAUCGUAUGUAAAGGCAAGAUCGAGUAUUCGUUUGAUUCUUUUAUAGAUUUGGUGGUUCUUAAAAGAACCGGUUUUUUAUUUCAAGGUUUAAGGACCUUUUUACUUGCUGCUUGUGUACUUGGUCACGGCUUUCGUUCCUUCGCUCACAGCGUGCUUGGCCAAUUCUCCGGGCAGAAGUAGACGAACAGCGGUCUGGAUUUCCCGAGAAGAGAUGGUCGAUUUCUUGUUGUAGUGAGCCAAUUUGGAAGCUUCACCGGCAAUUCGCUCGAAGAUAUCGUUGACGAACGAGUUCAUGAUACCCAUGGCUUUGCUGGAGAUACCAGUAUCGGGGUGAACUUGCUUCAGAACUUUGUAGAUGUAGAUAGCAUAGCUUUCUUUACGUUUGGGGCGUCUCUUCUUUUCACCACCAACUCCGGCUUUCUUCCCGGCUUUCUUUCCACCUUUGGACGCAACACCAACUGGUUUCACAGGCAUUUUCUUCGCAAAAUUUUCUUUCUUGACAGUAGAGGAAUUAUCUUCGCUGUAGAGAACAGAAUCAGAAUGCUGAAAUAUCGAAUCGACCCCCUUUUAUAAUGAACUCGUUGGGAUAAAUAAUUAAGUAGGAUCACAAAUACUGGCUUUUGAUUGGUUUAACUCGAGUCGGACGUCUGCGAAUAGCAGUAUGGUAUAACGCCCCCUCAAAUUAAGUGGGAUCACACUAUCAGAAUAAUUAGGGAUAUUAGAGAUAAUUAUGAAAUAAUUUAUGCACUAAUUUGGAAUAAUUAACCAAGGUCAAGGGUAUCGCAAUCCGAGCCCGAGAUACCAACCAGAUGCCGUCAUGCCGGUUGGCCCGGUUGUGUAAAAACAAAAAAAACCAGUUAAAUUCUGUUAAAACAUAGUUAAAAUUAACUGCAGAUCACUGGUUAACCUAGAAAAUAAACUGGUCUACAACAGGCCCCUGGCCAGUAGAACUCGUUGAUCAUAGACAUAGUCAUAGAAAACUUGCUUUGUCUGUAACUGGCUAGGCGGCUUUAGCUGUGCUAGUUCCUGCUUCCUAUUAAUCAUAAUAAUAAUAAUCAUAAUUUCAUAAUAAUCAUCAUGAGUUCCGUACUCUGAUUUCCGUAUAAACGCGCAAGUCAUCCGCACAGUUUCCCGGGUGAACCCUACCAAAUAAACACAACCACAGGUUUUCUCCGGGCGGGGUACAUCGGGUUUUUCUGAAGUAAAACCUUGGACCAAUAGAAAGCAUGGCCUUACUCCGGCUGGACCUCUAGCGAGAACAGUUUAGAACUGAUAGAGAUAUAAGGGGCGGACCAUUAGAAAAGUUGAUGGGGGGAGGGGGCAAAAGCAAAAAUAAAAAUCGAGCAGGGAAACAGAAAAAAAAAUUCGUGCACCACAAAAGUUUGAAAAAAAAAAUCGUGCAGAGACUUUUCAAUAGGGAAAAUUUUAAGUUGACAGGGCCUAUCAGAGGUACAGUGUAAGGGUGGCCCCCAAACUUUGCAACAAUUUUUGGGUAAAAAAUAAAAUUCGAGCAAGGGAUUAUUUAAAAAAAAAUAAUCGACACAAGCAAAAAAUUUUGAAAAAAUAAUCGUACACGUUGGAAAUGGACCACCCCCCAUCACUUUUCUAAUGGUCCGUCCCUAAGCCUAUGCCCUAUGCCCCUGGCUAUGUGCAGUAUGAAUGAAUGAACUUUACUGUAAAAACACAUGACAGCAAUAUAACUGCAAAAACCUGUGGCCCUCAAAAGUAUGAGUAAAUAGGUCUGUGACUGUGAGUGUGACUGACUGUCAGGGCCGCCGAGAGGUUGGCGGGGGCCCGGGGCAAAUAUUUUUUGGGGGGCCCCCUAUCAAAAAAAAAUUUUCAGGAAAAAAAUUUUUCCGGACAACAACCUCCCCCCCCAAAAAAAUUUUCGGCCAGCGACUUUAUCUCAUUUUUUUAUGCCAAAUUUCGGUACUUAGCCCAAGAAAACAGAUACCUUGUCCUUUGCGCGGAAAUAUUUAACACACAAAAAAGACUGCGGCCCAACAAAAAUUUUUCAGGGGCCCCCAGCACCUCGGGGCCCGGGGCAAUUUGCCCCCGCUGCCCCCCCCCUCUCGGCGGCCUUGCUGACUGUGUAUCACUAGUGGUAUGUCUCUAACUUUCAAUUCAAUAUUUUCCAGAAUUGAUGCACGACGAGAAGACAAGCAUUAUAAUCAGUCAUGUUCGGAAAGGCAGUUUAGCGUACAGAACAGGCGUAUUGCAUCUAGGAGACAAACUACUGGCUUUGAAUGGAACUAAAAUGAAUUGUGUGGAGGAUGCUAUUACAUUCACUGAUGCGAUACCUCAGGGAGAGAUCGUCAGCGUCACUGUACAGAAAGAACAAGAGGUCGAAGACGAAGGUAAGAAAUUUAUACAGAUCACCUGAUUGCCCGCCUCGCCGUUUUCCCACCCGGCUGCACUUUUGCCCAGCUCACAACCCGCAUUGUCUAACAAAGCCUUCUGUGCAGGCUAGAUCUUGGCUAGAUCCUGGUAAAGUACCUUACUGUCAUACUUUGAGCGCCUUCGUGUGUUAUCGGCAUCGCACUUAUCUAGGCAGUCAAUACAAUCUCGUACCAAUUUCUCGUACCGAUGUACCAAUAAUAUAUAUACCAUGCAGUUUGCAGGUCACAUGAGUGGGCUCCUACACGCGUAAACGCACAGCUUGUAACAAGUCUGCAAACAAGUUGUUACAAGUCUGUUCACAAGCUGUCAACAAGUUGUCUUCGCACUGCUUGUUCCCAGUUGUUGCAACAAGUUUGUAACCGCGAAGCUGUUAACAACUUGUAACAAGCUUGAUGGCAUCAGACUUGUUACAAGGUUGUUCGAACAAGUUUGAUACAGUCAUGAUAUAACAAGGAUGUUAUAAGGUUGUCAACACACAAGGUUGUAACAAUUUGUUAUAUCAAGCCGGUAACGGACUUGUCAGAACAACCUUGUAACAAGUCUGAUAUUAAAUUUCGGCAAGGUCGUUACAAGUUAACGUUGUCAACAAGUUGUUCCAAAACUGUUGACAGACAACUUGUUGACGGCUUGUUGACAAACUUGUUACAAGAUGUGAGAUUUUUGCGUGUGUAGGAGUAGGCUCACAAACGCGGAAGCCCUGGGUACGAGGUUAGGUGGAGUCAGUACAUUCUCGUACCCAGAGCCCUUCUUACGCGCGGUGCGACGAGGGGCUCUGGCCAAAUCCAUAUCUGAACUGGCAUCUGAGUGGCUAGUUCUAGCGCCGGAUAUUGUUUUCUUACCAUGUUUUUAUGGUAUCCGGUUAUGCCGGAUUUGGCCAUGCAAAGCCCCUCGUCGCACCGCGCGUAAGAAGGGCUCUGGGUACGAGAAUGGGGCUCUGGCCAAAUCCAAAACCGGAUACCAUAAAAACAUGGUAAAAGAAUAUAUCCGGUAUUAGAACAAUAACCUUCGUUGUAGCCAAUCAGAUACCAGUUUAAAUCUGUUUGAUAUGGAUUUGGCCAGAGCCCCUCGUCGCACCGCGCGUAAGAAGGAUGAGAGAAUGGAGUCAGUCAUUGAUGUAUAGCGACAUUACGGGUGUUUAUAAAAACAAAUUCGCCGACAAUGCGUUAGUUGAACGAAGAACUUUACCACAACCCCAGCUAGCAAACAUAAAAUCAUAAAUUCACUCUCUGCACUUACAUAAAUCUUUCCUCGCUUGAAAAAGUAAUCCUCCCUCGCAAAAAUUCUUCCAGUUUUCUGAAACAAUGUUUUAUUAUGUUGUAUAGACGAAAAUUCUGGCGUUGUUUAUAGCAUAGAAUUAUCCAAACAAGGACGUAGUACCGUCGGCAUUGUCAUAACAGGUGGUUAUAUAUAUUAUUCAUUGUAUAAUGCUUCCAGAAUUGUCCUAAAAUCCGCCGACUACCUGCAGAACGAAAGAAAUAAUUAAUGCUACCUUUUUCAAAACUACCCGCUUAGAUAGUUUGAAAACUAGAUAGUCCUAUAGAUACAGUCAUUUUCCAAUUGGUUGGACAGAUGCCACAACUACCUAUAAUUAUGACUAAAACCUCGCCCAACCCCCCCCCCCUUUUCAAUAUUGGGUCGGCAGUUAGCGUCUUACUGCAGUGGUGUGCUAUGUCUGGACUGGGUAAACAACAUUGAAUGAGAAGGGAAGGAAGAUGUAAAUAUUUGUAAUAAUUUGCAUUUAUCUCGUGAUGAUCUAAAACCCCAAGUACUUACUUACUUAAAAAUAAAUUUAACCACGCUGGCCAUACACAACAUGUCGGUAAAAUACAAUGAGUUGAUUUUCAGAUGGGGCGUGUUUUACUUACAAACUAUCUUAACUCACAUCCUAGUCUCUGGGUCUCUGGUAUAGUGGACAUACUCAGCCUGAGAGCCUGUUCGCAGGCUAAUUUAAACGUAGCCUGCGAACAGAAUUGGUCAAGCGAGGAUGCCUUUUUCGCCUCAGAAGGAAAACUAUUCCACAGCAUUGCACCAUUAUACUUAGAACUUCAUUUAAGAUAGUUUGUUUUAGGUUUUGGAAGUGCUAGAUCAGUAUCAUUACUUCGAAGAUUAUAUUCUCUAUUAAGAUCUUUAAUUUUUAUACUAAAUUUUUCUCCAAGACUUGGGGUGGUCUGCUCAUUAAUGAAUUUUGUGUCCCAACAACUUUUGAAAAUGAUUGUACCCAGUUUUUAAAAAAUGCCCUAGGUAUAGUUUUAAACUAAAGUAGAUAGCCCUAGAUAGCUAUAAUGAAUUAGUAAAAACUGCCUUCCAGUAUUUAGUUGAAGCCAUUGGCGUUGAACCAAAAUGACCUGAAAUACUAUUGACCACAACUCAUUUACAGAAAGAAACUGCUCUGUGAUUUGUUUAAGACCUUUUACCCGGGAUUAUACAUUCUUUUUCAGCAAAUAAAGGAAUUUUAUUGUCAGAUUUUAAAUAUUUCUUUCUUGAUAAGGUGGUGGUGAAGAAACUGGAAGUAAAAGUAUCCUUGUCACGUCUUUGGUUCCUGGAACUGUUGCGGACAGGUAAGAAGUCUCGCUCUUUCGUAGGUACUCAAUAAAUGCUAAUUAUGGUAGUGACUAGGGCCCAGGGCAACCUCGUUCCCAGGUCGGAGAUGACAACAAUACUCAUGACCCAAUAUUGUUGAGGGCUGAGCCAUCAACAUUAAAUUGAACAAUGUUAUAUAUCGUUUUUCAGUUUUUAAAUAGACUUGUUGUAUGCCUCACUCGGAUCUUCUUUUUUGAUCGGGCCUAUCCAGUCUGUCAUGAGAUCAGUGUGUCAACUGAUCUCAUACUAGACUGGAUGGACUCAAUUGAAAUUGAACUGAUCUCAUAAUAAACUGGAUAGACCCUAUGAAGCCAAUUCGAGAGAGAUGCGGAGCAAGUCUAGUUUUUAUGUUAUACUCUGUUUAAUUGGAAAGUUAGAUGCAAAAAGAGCUCCUCCUCCUCCCCCCUCUCGGUAUCUCGUCGUCUUUAUGAAACAACUAAACGAUUUCAUUUUGAGAUUCUGGAUCUCGAUCUCUUGUUUAUCUAUUAUAGAAGUGGCGCAGUGCAUGUAGGUGACAGGAUUCUGGCGAUCAAUGAUAUUUUUGUCAAAAAUAAACCGGUCAAAGAAGUUUACCAAAUGUUAGAUUUCAGUGGCGAGGUCGUAAAACUUCGCCUUCAGAGUGUUGAUGCUCGUAGGGCUAAAAAACCGAGUGUAGAAAACCCGAGAGGACUUGAGAUCCCGGAUAUGUCUUCUCUACACCGGGUUUCCGCCUGGGCUGAAAUAUUUAGCGAACUGGAUCAAAUUGUGGCGUGUACACCGUCUGUUGUGAAGAAAGAGCCUGAGGUCAAAACUAAGGCUGCAAAGGAUGAUGGGGUGUCCGAAUCUGGGAAUGUCAGUAAAAAAACUGGGAAAGAGUUAGCGGAAAGUGAAAUAACAGCGACUGUAUGUAACGAGGUGAAAAGCGGAAAUGACGAAUUUUGGGAACAGUUUGAUGAAUUAUGGGAAGGCGAGAGUUCUAAAGAACAAACAGACCAAUCCGUUACAAAUACGAUCCACACCUCUGAAAUCUGCAGUUACGCUGCUCCUACCCAAAAGGAGUGCACCGCUUCUUCUCACGACUCGUCGUCUGGUACACUGAAAGGGAAGUCUAUCUCCAUACGUUACGUCGUUCACGAGAAAUGCGUGAACCCCACGGAAGAAACUCGAGAGAAAACCACGCAGCGGUCCUGCGUGUACUUAACACAAGACUCUCGUGGAAAAUUGACGCGCGAUGACUCCAAAUCUAACGGUUUUUCUGCUGACGAGGACACCACGAACCAAUCCCGCAAGGACUCCACGAAUAGAUCCCGCGAGGACACAACGCAUGGAUCUCGCGCGACGGAAGAAUCCCUCGAGAAGACCACGCAAAUUACGAAAUCCCUCGAAAGAAGUCCCUCAGUUGCCUCAGGUUAUGAAACAGAUAACUCAACGCUCCGAAGUUCUGCGAAUGACCUGCCUCACUGUGGCCGUAGUUCUCGAACAGACACAGAAACCUUCACUAGCAUUGACUCUUUCGAUAUUUCUAAUGACGCGGACGAUAAACUCUUAGCCUCGCCUUCAAAAAUAGCUCAAUCUUCAGACGUUUUAGAAACACGGACAUUUUCCGUGGGGAAAUCAGAAGAACAUGGAUUUGGUUUUAGUUUGAUGCCGGAUAAAUUCAAACAAGAGGUGUAUAUUGCGUCUGUUCUUCCCGGCGGCCCUUGCGAUGGAUUGCUGCAACCGCUGGACAAAAUUACUAAAGUAAGUCUCUGCCAUUUUUGUAUUUUAAGUAUCGUAUUCAGUAUACUGUAUAGCUCUAUCAUUUUUAAACUGUUCUCCCUAGAGGUCCAGUAAGGGUUAUCUCUUAUUGAUCCAGUGUUACUACAGGAGGAAACCUAAACUAAACUAACCGUUUAUUUAUACUGGAUAGCUCUAUCAGUUCUAAACUGUUUUUCCUAGAGGUCCAGUAAGGAUCAUCUCUUCUUAUUCAUCCAGUGUUACUACAGGAGGAAACCUAAACUAAACCGAAUUUUAUUUAUACUGGAUAGCUCUAUCAGUUCUAAACUGUUCUCCCUAGAGGUCCAACAAGGGUCAUCUUGUAUUUGCUCAAUUUUAUUACAGGAGAAAGGCGGACUUGGACACUCUCUUCCUUAUCAGAUUAUGCUCUUUAAUUGAGAAGCUUUAAGAGAUUGUCCAAAUUUUUUGAACUUUUUUUCUACGUUUUGUAGAUUGACGACAAAGACUUGACGCAGUUAAAUAUUUACGAAAUUAUUCAAAUACUUCAGCAUGGUCCAGCAACCAUCAAAUUAUGUGUUGUUAGAAAUCCUUUUAAUACUUAUAUUGACUCCAAGUCGUGAAUAUUUGGGUGAAUAAAUUGUAGACACAUGUAGUUAACUGACUGGCGCAAAAGAUUAGAGUCGCGCGGUCAAGGGAUCUGGGAACUAAAAUGGGUGUUUAUAGUUGGGCAUUUGAAACAUAGCCAUAAGCUGGUCUUGUACAAAGAAUCUGUUUCACAAGCUUUUUCCUGGCUUGUGUGUGCAGGGUAAGGGGGAAACUUGACCUCGCCCUAACGCCAAGAUAUGAAACGCCAGCAGAGAAAACUUGUUCGCCAGUGUACAAAGCUCUGGGAUUCACGAAGUUGAUGAGGGCAACGCAUGGUGGUCUGUAUGUAUUGACCUUGCGUUUCGUAGCAUAUGUAUGUAAUGGACAGUGGUGCCGCCAGGGGGGGGAGGCUGUCCCUUUCCUCAAUGCUUUUCAGAGUGUGGCUGCAGAUUUUUGAAUGCAUUCGGUUAAAAAAUGAUUUAUCAAGACCUUUACAUAGAAAAAGAAUUUUUUUCGCACUGGUCGAAAAUACAUAAUUUCUCCAAGUGCCGCCACAAUGCAGGAAAUGUCGUUUCAGAGACCUUAAAUUCAUUUUGUUUCUGGGGAAGCAUACCUCCAGACUCCCCUAGAAUUGUGACGUUACAAAUUAUUAAUCCCCCCCCUCCAAAUCCUGGCUGCGUCACUGGUAAUGGAAAUAUUUACCAUCAUUUGCUCGCUUUCAUACGUGUCAAUACAUCACAAGUUCACCACCAUGUACUGGCACCAAUAUAGAUCACUGUCUGACUUUGAAGCCGUGUGUCAUGGGUAGAAAAUUGUAAAUUUAAAUCGUGUCAAAGCACAGUAACCCAAAGGAAAUAUUAUAAAGUGAGUUAACAGUAUUUUAUAAGGUGUAUUUGCACAAAGUAUUAAAUACGUGAAUUUUCAUGGUGAACGAGUC